CGCAGACACUGACACCUCAUAAGCAGUCUUAAGACAUCUGAUCUCAAGUGAGACAAUGGGUGUGUCGGAUGAGGAGAUCCAUUCAGACGCUGAGGAUCACCCGCUGGACGUGUCCAUCGCCAGUGGCAUCGCAUUUGAGAAACAGAUCCCAUGUUAUGACUAUAAGAGCAAAGACCUGUUGUCCCUAAAUGACAGACAUUUGUCUAAAUUCUUCAAAUGUCUGCCGGAGUUGACCGCCGAUGAAGGCAAUGACCGCCAGAACAGGUGCUUCUACUCGACAAAUGAUGGCCAAGAGUUUUGCAGACAUUCGCAGGAAUGUCAUCAACACGUGUUGUGUAUCUAUUGUCGCAUCGAUGGUAAGGUUGACGACAAAGACGUGGAAGUGUUUGCCACGACAGACACCGAUAGACUGGUCGACCAUAUGAUCCAAACGCACGGCAAACGCGUCCAUCAGUGCAACCAAUGUCUGUACCGCGCGAUCAGCGCCACUCACGUGCAGAUGCAUCAGAUCUCAUGUCACACUCAGACAUGGGCCGAUCAUAACGCGAACCUUACGAUCGACGCGUUGGAUGAGCUGCGCGAAGACAUCUGUAAAAUAAUUGUCUGCAAAGAGUCCGAUUUGGGACCCGAUGUGGACCCCAUUCACGUGAUCACUAACUACGCCCCAAAACUGGACACCGAUCUCGACGACGACCACUCCUAUUGUCUGUACUGUGGCUUUCAUACCGCAGAAGUCGCCGACGUAUUGAUACACUGCGUGGACAGACAUCCCGACUUCGCGAUAGACAUCUAUAGCGCCGAUAAGGAGAACAGGUAUGCAGUGGUGGAUGCGGUCAAAGAGGAACCGGAGGAAUCAGAUGAAGCGGUAGCCGAAGACAGCGAUUCCGACAGCGACUCGGAUGUCGAGAAAAAGGCUGAUUCGCAGCCCCUGACCUCCACGUUCCGUACGCAGUGCAGAGUCGACUGCAACGCCGACAUACCGCUCAUAUCAGACGGUGUGUUGCCUUAUCGGCCGCCCCGACAACAACAUACCCGCCCCCGAAGGAGCCUUACAUUUGAUGCGCCUAAUAGAGCGCCCACUCCGCCCCCAAACCCGAUCCCUAUCCCAUCCGAUGACGACGACGACUACACCGCAUAUCACGAGCCCUUAGCAGACGAUUACGUGUCCGAGUUCUACGAUUCAGUGCCCUCUCCCUCACAGUUUGACGUCAACUUCGAUAAUCCCAUUCCCUCCACAUCUACCGGUGCUACUCAUCCCCCGAACAGACCUUUUAAACCGGUUUUUGGGGCGAAUUCUAAGUCUAAACCCAAAGUCAGUGAGAAACUGGUUGUGGAGGCGUCCCGAGUGGGCGCCAAACAGGGCUCGUUCACUGACUAUCAGCUCCACAAACUCCAGAGGUUUGGCUCACUACGGGUGCCGAAGAAGCAUAUGUCGAAAAAGGAUCAGAAACGGACGUCCACUCCGAAGGGAUCGACCGGUGAUGGACUGCCGCCAGAGAUCGACUUAAAUAUGAUAAGCAAUGACUUGAAUAUGGGUUCGGAUGAAGAAGAGAAGACUAGAAGUAAUGCCUUCAAAGUGAUUAAGAGAGUAGGCGUUCCCUCAGCGGCGGCUCAGAUUAAGGGUAAGACUCCUAAGACGCCGACUAAACCCCAGGCGUUCACAUAUGUGCCGCAAACCGAUGAACCAAAUGACGAUUACGUGAAACUCGUGAAUGAGGAGCCGAUACCUCGGAGGGGACUGAAGGCUCGCUUCGAGAACAUGAAGCACUUCGACGUGUUUCAGCCCAAGAGGUCGGCCGCCACUAACCAUAUGUACAAAUGCACGCUCUGUCCGGCUGUGGAGCCCUUCCCGAGCACUAAGAUAUUGUUCCACUUGAAGGACCAUAACGCCGACCAUAACCUCCGGUGCGGUCACUGCGACCUCAUUGGUGGCAAACUGAUGAUAACGGAGCACUCGAAGGAGUGUCACCCGAGCCUACCGCUCAAGAUCUUGAAGUUUAUCAUUGAUGUGAAUCAGAGCGAGUCGGUAGGGAUGACGAGUGGCGCGAGUUUUGUCCGAAAUAAGGUGACGGCCCGCAAGAGUACGGCCACGGCGUCCACCUCCGGGUCUGUCGUAAAGGGAGGUAAGGGUGCGCUGACGCAGAAGAUCCUGAACACCCUUUACGUGGAUUUGGGUCCGACGGGCACCGACAGGAAGCGGUCCAUCGAUGAUACCGCGGAUGACAACCCUUUCAAACGAGUCCACAGCCGCACCAAAGUCUCGUCGAAUCUGAAGCGCCAGAAACGGGACAUCGACUAUGAUUUGAGUUUAGACUCUGAUGAUGGCGGCGACUCAGGCGGUCCUCCUUCUGGUGAUGAUUACGAUGACAUGCCAUCUGAUGCCGAAAGUGCCGCCAAUGAAGUGGUUAUGGAUGAAAACAACGAUAAUAACGAUGUGGAGGUCGUAAUGUCGCCGCACAAGCAGUCAGUGGCGCGCAAGUCGACGGCUAAACCCAGUUCUCAGUCACAGUCACAGCCGACGACUUUCCUCUUAACUGACGAUCAGAUCCCGUCGAAGUACUUCUGUGUUUUCUGCAGAGAGGGCUUCACAAUCAACAACAAGACGGAAGCCAUUGAACACUAUAAAUCGCAUCUGAAGCUCGGCUACCAGUGCUGUCAGUGUAGGUUCUCUUGCGUGGCCUACAGCUCGAUGGCUGACCACUGGAAGGCUGUCCACAAAAGCGAUGAUAUGGACUUCGAGGAGAAUAUGCCCGAAGAGAUACGUCAAUGGAUUCUUGACUUUCUGGACAAUCAACUCAAGUACGCGGUCUUCAGCAACCAAUCAGUGGCGUCGAGUGCGACCGACAGUGGACUCAACAUCGUGUGUCCCAUAUGUGUGAAAGCGGCGCAUGUAUGCGGUCUGACCCCCGCCCCGAUCGACGCCUUAUGGAGGGCUAAGCUUCACAUUUGCAAACACUUGCAUUGGCUGCCAAUGCGGUGCGACCUCUGCACGGAUAUGAACACCGAAAACAACGCCUUUCCCAACAAUCCGUACAUUUUAAUGAAACAUUUGAUUACCGUUCACUUCACGGACUGCGAGAACUUCUAUAACAUCUCAUUCAGGGGUCAGAAGGCGUACAAUGAUAUGAAACGCGAACAGUUGAGACUCAUUGAGCGCCACUACACGGAGAUCCGGGUGACGGCCAGCGAUAUGAUUGAUUCGUUUUUCACGCAACUCCUGACGGAAAUGGAUAUCUUAUACGAGGAUCAGCUGAGAGAUAAGUUUGAUAUCCGCAAAGAGAUUCGCAUUAAUCUGAGCCGUUGUGUGCACGUGAAGAGGGAACCCGUGGAUGAGUGUGACGGUGACGGUGAGGUUGAGGCCAGGGAUGAGGUCAAGGAUGAGGUAAAACGCGAGGAUAAGAAGGAUAUUAAGACUGAAGUGAAAACGGAGGUUAAGGCAGAGAUCAAGAGUGAAGUCAAGAAUGAGGCCAAAAAUGAAGUGAAAGAUGAGACGAGUGGACAGCCGUCCCAACAAUACGUGUCCGGAGGUCAGAGCGUUUGGGAUCAACUCUACGGCACAGAGGAUGUGAUUCUCGUGAGUGAUUCAGACGAUGAGAACUGA